GGGGAUGGGGGGAUGCAGGUGGGGCAGUACAGCCAGUACUCACCGGCCUUUUGCCCCAAAGCCUGCGCGAGCCUCUUACUGGAUUAUGUUAUUGCUGCGUACGAGGAGCCCACGAGCCACGAUCGGGACUACAGCCUGAUGUAGUGUGUGUAUGAGUGUGUGAGAGUGUGUGUGAGUGUGUGAGAGUGUGUGUGUUGAAGGCCGGGCUCGGACCGAGCGGCACGCGGGAGCAGCCUCGAGCUCAUGGCGCAGCGGUAUCCAGACCCCCUCUACCCCCCGGACCCUCUGUACCCAGAGUUUCCCGCAGUCCGGCCGGUUCUCGGAGCUCAGCUCUCCGCCAGCGAGGCGCUCCGGAGGGACAAAGACGCGAUAUACGGUCACCCACUGUUCCCACUGCUCGCGCUGGUUUUUGAGAAGUGUGAACUGGCCACGUGCACCCCGCGUGAGGGUGGGCUGGGGGGCGACGUGUGCUCCUCAUCCUCCUUCGACGAAGAUCUCACCGUCUUCUCCAAACAGAUCAGAGCGGAGAGGCCGUACUUUCUCCCCAAUCCAGACCUGGAUAAUCUAAUGAUGCAGUCUAUACAAGUUCUACGAUUUCAUCUACUGGAAUUAGAGAAGGUUCACGAGCUGUGUGAUAAUUUCUGUCACCGCUACAUCAGCUGUCUGAAGGGGAAGAUGCCGAUGGAUCUGGUGGUGGACGACAGGGAGGGCUCCUCUAAAUCCGACAGUGAGGAGUUCAGCCGCAGCUCUGCAGCAGAUCAGGUGUGUUGGAGGGAGGAUGACUCUGUAUCUGUUCACUCCACUGAAGGUCCUGCUGUUCCCUGCAGUGGAAGAUCCAGUUCACUAAACGGAGACAACAGCAGUGAACACGGAGACCUCCUGGACCACAGUGCUGCUUCUCCGAGCACCGGAGAUGAUGAUGACAUGGACAAAGACCGUAGGAACAACAAAAAACGAGGGAUUUUCCCCAAAGUGGCAACCAACAUCAUGCGAGCGUGGCUGUUCCAGCAUCUCACACACCCGUACCCGUCUGAGGAGCAGAAGAAGCAGCUGGCUCAGGAUACUGGCCUGACCAUCCUACAGGUCAACAACUGGUUUAUCAAUGCGAGGAGGAGGAUAGUGCAGCCGAUGAUAGAUCAGUCUAAUCGAGCGGUAGGUCAUGGUGGGCUGUAUCCUCCUGAUGGUCAGACGAUGGGAGGAUAUAUGUUGGAAGGAUCAGCUCACAUGGGCCCCAGACCCCCAGGAUCUCUGGCUGGGAUGGGGAUGGACCCUCAGUGGCACUACAUGUAAACAGUGUGUUAGGUAAUGCUACCACACCUGAACUUGAAACGAAUCGUAGAAGGCCUUUCGUCAACACUAGAAAUCUCGGAAACUCCAUCGAAUAAAUGACCUCUCUGUGGCUAAUGGAGCGCCGUGGCCUCACCACUGCCCAAACACACAGCCUGCUGUUCUCCAGAACACCACCAGAGCCUUCAGGAUCAACAUGUGGACUGGGAGAUCAAAUGGUGCGUCCAUAUCUGGAGAUACCACACAUGAACCCUAAGGCCACCAUGACUGACCAGGUGGUAGAAGGACCUCCAGCAUUGAGCUGUGGAGUGACGGCAUCAUGAGAGCAAUCAAAUCCUCACAGCAGCGUCCAGAAAUCUAGUGUAAAGCCAUCCAAGAACAGCAGAGGAAGUGAAAAGGCUCAAAAACAAACUCACUAUUAGUACCCUUGAUUUCUGAAGGAACUUGUUGAACUUGGACUUUACUGGUUUCUUUAUACUGGUUUAUAGAUUUAAUGAGACAGUGCUGGAGUUCCUGUGGGGUCUGGAGACCAAAACUCUCCUCCAGAAUCAGGUGACUCUCCUUCAGCUGCCUUAAAGAGUCCGAAACAAUCUUCAUUUCACCAGCAACACGAGGACUACCAUAUCUACUAAAAUAGACUGAAGACUGCAAUGCAAAGAACAAAUAGCCUGUUCAGGCUCCGCCCACAAAUGUGUUCUUUUAUAGAAACUGUUGGUCAGCUUAUGAAUGUUGCAUUUAUUGCAUUAUUUGUAGUCUUAUAUUGAUAAAAAUUGAUAAAAAGUUGUUUCACCUCUAGUCAAACGCAGCUUCUCUUAAUUUUCAAGGCCGUACCGAUGCUAAUGCAAGAUAACAGGGCUAAAUAGUGUUAAAAUAUGAGGUUUAAUUCAGGCUAAACCUACUUAAUUCAGGUUUAAUUCUGAUUAAGAGAGGCUAACGCUAAGAGAUAAUGCUAAUUCUAAUUCAGGUAAACCAAAGCCAACAGGUGUACUGUAAUUUCGGCUGUCCCUAAAGGCUAAUUCUGACUAAGAGAGGCUAACGCUAGCUAAUGCUAGGUUUAAUUUAGGCUAAGAGGUUCAAUUCAGAGAUGACUAAGAGAUGCUAAUGCCGGGAUAAAUUUUUAGGCUACGCUAGUAAUUAGGUUUAAUUUAGGCUGUCUCUAGUCAACAGGUUGUUCUUAUUAUUCAGGCUAAGUCACACUCUGACUAAGACAGGUUAACCCAGGCUAACAGGUGUAUUCAGGUGUAAAUCCAGCUAAUACAGGCUAACACUAGUAAGGAACAAGGGUGUAGCCAUGUUUUCCUUCUAGUCUUCUAAUUCAGCAAUUGGAAAGCUAAGUUAAGUAUACACAUUUAUUUACAGUAAGCUUAGAUUUCCAGAUUUUCCACUAAGGCUGGGUGCAGCAGCAUUAGCAUUAGAAGGUAACUGCUAACGGUUCGUCCCACAUAGCUUGUUUUAACACGGUAAAACACGCAGAAUAUAAUCCGAUAAUACACACUUCUGAAUGGUGAAAGAUCUAGCGCUUAGCACGGUUAGUGGUAAUGCUAAUACUGCUCCAGCAGUGAUAGCCAGGGCUAGCAGCAGACUACAGGCCGAUAAUACUCACCUCUGAACAGCAAAAGAGCUAGCGCUUAGUGCAGAUAGCGGCUAAUGCUAGUAGCAACAGUUACUGUGAAAGGACACAUUUUUGUGGACAGAGCAUGAUCAUGUUAUAUAAUCCCAGCUGGCCAAGACCCAAUCCUGAUAGAUGUUGUUAUUUGGUUGCAAAAUUCGACAUCAGGACAAUGUCUAAUGUCAUUUAGGUCAAUUUGACAUAGAAAAAGAUACAUAUAUUUAUACAUAUAUUUGUGUAAUACAGUGUUUAAAACCCAAUAUUUGAUCAUAUUCAUGUUAACAUCUACACAAUAAGAAAUUCUAUAGUUGUUAGAUGUUGAUAUGUUGUUGGUUUUGAUAUGUCAUGGGUUUGACACCAGGCUACAACUGAAAUUCAACAUCUGUAAAAUGUUGGGUUUUGAAGUAAAUCCAAUAUUUAUUUAAAGCCAAAAUUCAACAUCUAUCUAAUGUUGGAGCUUUAUGUCCACUCAGUGUUGUAUUUUUAUGCAUAUGUCACACUGAUUUACAACCAACAUUCAGUAUUGGUGCAGCGUUUUGUAACGUCUGUCUAAUGUUGGAGCUUGAUGUCAACCCAACGUUGGUUUUUGACAGGAAUGUGUUUUUGAUUUCCAAACUAAAUUCAACAUUUCUACAACAUUUGGGUUUGACAGUAAUCUACAAUUAAAAUGCAACAUUUGUUGGAUGUUGGAGCUUGAUGUCAACCCAAUGUUGUUUUUUUUGAUGGAUGCCACUUUGAUUUCAAACUAAAAUUCAACAUCUGCAAAAUGUUGGGUUUUGUUGUCAAUCCAACAUUUAUUAACAGCUAAAAUUCAAUGUCUGUUGAAUGUCAACCCAAUGUUGUUUUUUGACCGAUAUUUGACUUUGAUUUCCAGUUAACAUUUAACAUCUGUCUGAUGUUUUGACGUAAACCCAAAAUGUGUUUAUAGAUAAAAUUCAACAUUUGUAUAACAUUUGGGUUUGACAGCAAGCUAUAACUUAAAUGCAACAUUUUUUGGAUGUUGGAACUUGAAGUCAACUCAAUGUUUUUUUUUGUUUUUUUUUUACGAAUGUCACUUUGAUUUCAUACUAAAAUUUAACAUCUGGUGAAUGUUGGAGCUUUAUGUCAACCCAUCUUUGUUUUUUGAUGGAUGUCACUUUAAUUUUAAACUAAAAUUCAACAUCUGUAAAAUGUUAGGUUUUGUUAUCAAUCAAUAACAUUUAUUUACAGCUGAAAUUCAAUGUAUUUUGAAUGUCAACCCAAUGUUGUGUUUUGACCGAUAUGUGACUUUCCAGUUAAAAUUUAACAUCUUAUCUGAUGUUUUGACGUCAACCCAAAUUUGUUUAUAUCUAAAAUUCAACUUUUGUUUAACAACCAGUUGUUGUUUUGGCUUUAAGAGUCAACUUUCCUGUACAACUAAAAUUUAACCUCUGUACAACAUUUGGGUUUGACAGCAAGCUAUAACUUAAAUGCAACAUUUUUUGGAUGUUGUAACUUGAAGUCAACUCAAUGUUUUUUUUUUUUGACGGAUGUCACUUUGAUUUCAAGCUAAAAUUCAACAUCUGGUGAAUGUUGGAGCUUUAUGUCAACCCAUUGAUGUUUUGUGACAGAUGUCAAUUUGAUUUCAAACUAAAAUUUAACAUCUGUAAAAUGUCAGGUGUUGACGUCAAUCCAACAUUUAUUUAGUGACUUUCCAGUUAAUUUCCAGUUAAAAUGUAACAUCUUAUCUGAUGUUUUGACUUUAACCCAAAGUUUGUUCAGUUAAAACAUUCAACAUUUGUUUAACAACCCAUUGUUGUUUUGGCUUUUAGAGUCUUUUAGAACUUUCCUAAAUACAACUAAAUUUCAACAUCUCUCAGAUGUUGGAGUCCAACGUCUUUCUGACGUCAAACUGACAUCAGGCUGUGGGCUGCUGGGAAGAGUGUUAUAAUGGUACAGUUUGGGUUUAGAGGAAAUGUAGGCACUGACUAUAUGCUUUCAAUUUACACACGAAUUCUUUAAUCAUUUUCUAGUGUUUCAGAAAACAAGAGCAAAAAAACAUAAAAACAAAUGUUUACCUUUAUAAAGAAGUAGUAUUUACUGAUGAGUUUAACGUUACUGUUUGAGUGAAUGUUUGAGUUUCUUACGGUUCUUAUGAAACAGUAACGGUGCUCAGAAACACACGAAACACGACGACGUUUGUAAAUGUUCUGGUUUUUGAUUUGAUUGAUAUACCGUGUUCUGUAUUUUCUGCAUUUACGUGUGUUUCUGUGUGUGUAUGUUUGGUAUGUGUGUGUGAGUGUCUGAAGUGUGUGUGUGUGUGUGUGUGUGUUGUUUUCAUAAAAGUUUUUACCUCA